AUGAAGGUGCAGGAGUCGGACGAAGGAGCUUACGAGUGUUACGCCACCAACACGCACGGGGUCAUCUUCUCUGACCCGGUCAACGUGCAGGUUAAAGGUAGACGAAUUCCUCCUCAGUUCUUUGAUGAACUGCCUCGAGAUGUGUUUGUUGAGGUUGGCGAAACGAGAGAAGUGGCGUGUGCCGCAACUGGGAAUCCGACACCGCGCAUCAAAUGGCUUCAGAUCGCUAAAGAAAAUAGGGCCGAAACUGUUUUGAAUCAGGAAACAAGUAGCGAAAAUGUUUUAACGUUGAAAAAUAUACGAGAGUCCAUGGAGCUAAGUUGUGUUGCCAGGCAAUCCCUUUUUUCUCACCACGAACUCACAAAACUCGCCCAAUUUUCCAUCGCCAAAUCAAAAUUUGCAGUCGUCGGCAGGCUGCCCUCUGCAGCCUACCCAGUACCACCGCGCAACGUGCGAGCCACCUCAGUCAAUUCAACAUCGGCCAAAAUAGAAUGGAUCCAAGAGAGCCAACACGCCACCAACAAACCUUCGCCACAUCAGAAACAGGACUACCGACCGCAGCAGCAACAACCGCGCCACCAUCUCGGCAACACUCAGGCGCUACCAGUCAAUGUUGAUCAUUGGUAUGUGAUCGUACAAACAGUUGCUGACAACAACAUUCAAACAAUGAACAACAAAUCGGUGACCGCAACAAAUCAAAGCGACAGAAUCUUUCACAAGUGGUUUAGCAUAAAAGACUUGAAGCCAUUCACGACGUACCACGCCAGAGUGGUGGCGGUCGGUGGCGGGGGCGAGAGCAAUCCAAGUUCUCCCGCCCAGUUUACCACGCAGGAAGAGGUCCCACCAGCCACUCCUGGCGUCAAAGUGCAGUCCAACGCUGACGAUUCUUCGGUCCUCGUACAGUGGAGUGAAUGCAAUGCUAUCAACGGAGCUAUCAAGUGCAUCAACAAGCACAGAUGUACCUGUUGGGUACUUGUUCAUACGCAUAAAAAUUAUAUCUCUAGAACAUUUUUGAGCGGCUAA